GUUUGAAUUCGAUCCCGGUGAGCAGAUCGCGACAGCUUGUUACCAAACAUGAGAUAAAGCCUACAUCCAGAGAGAGGCCUAAUGGCCCCCAACAUAGACAAAGAAGCGGAGCAUCUCCGGAACAAAGCCAGAAAAGAGCUCCUCGGAUUGCUUGAAGGCGUCCGCGGCAAGAAGAACUUGGUCAUCGGGAAGGAUUUGACUGGACUCCUUAGCCUUUUCGUGCAAUUCCCAACGCUGAAGGAAUAUGGAGUGGACAAAGUCUUCGAACUCGAAAAUGGCAACACCGACUCGUCACAAAGAAAUGUCGUGUACCUGGUCCAUGGCGAAAAAGCUAGCUUGGUCCAGGCCGUAGCAGGUGCGUCUUUGAAAUGUUUGUUACGUCUUCAUCCGGGACUUACAAGGAGACUGCGUGGAUUAUUUCUUCUGUGCCUUGCUGUCAGUCUAGCUCCCAAUAUCAACAGGAUUCACACCAUAAUAGCAGCGUCUCCAUUUAAAGAUCCUCUGCAUUCGAUGAAUAUGACAGAGGAUAACAGCUCCUGCUGACACCACAUAAUACAGAGCAAAUCAAGAAACUUCAGAAGAAUGGCUCGGUCGAACACGAAAUAUCCGUAUGCUGGGUGCCUCGAAGAACUCUAGUGUCGAACAGAAUUCUGGAGGAUGAGGGCAUUCUGGGGGAUGUCAAUGUCUCGGAACUUCCUAUAUACUUCCUUCCUUUGGAGGACGACAUGCUCUCGCUGGAAAUGGAAGAAGCAUUUAAUGAUUUAUAUCUGCGACGUGAUCCUUCUCCUCUGUACCUUGCUUCGAAAGCUCUGAUGCAGAUUCAACAGCGACAUGGUUUGUUUCCUCGGAUUUUGGGCAAAGGCGACAAUGCCAGACAACUUGCAAACCUCCUACUGCGAGGGAGGAAGGAGCUUGACGCGGACGAAGCUGCGACGCAAUAUACCAACAUGCCGAGUACCUCGAUUGAACAGCUGAUCAUAAUUGAUCGGGACGUCGAUUUUGCCUCGGUCUUAUUGACCCAACUGACCUACGAGGGUUUGAUUGAUGAGCUGGUCGGCAUCAAGCACAACCGUGCAGAAGUUGAUUCGGCUGUCGUCGGCGCAGCUCCCCAGCAGCGAUCGCAAACCGGCUCUUCCUCGACAUCUCCGCCUCCAGCCGUUCGCCAGGGUCUCAAGCGUAGGAUCCAGCUGGACUCGUCCGACUCGCUGUUUGAACAGCUGCGUUCCUCCAACUUCGCCUUGAUCGGACCUCAUCUGAACAAAAUAGCGAGACGUCUAGAGUCGGACUAUGAAGGCCGCCACACUGCUCGCGGUAUCAACGAGCUACGGGAUUUUGUCAACAAAUUGCCAGGCUUUCAACAGGAGCACCAAUCCCUAGCCAUUCACACCAAUCUUGCGGACGAUAUGAGCAAGCACACUCGCUCCGAGACCUUUAACCGCGAGCUGGAAGUCCAGCAGAAUAUCGCAGCCGGAACGGACCCAAUUUACCAACACGACACUAUUGAAGAGCUGAUAGCCCGAGAUGCGCCCUUGUCUACCAUCCUUCGCCUUCUCUGCCUCGAAUCAACCAUUGCCGGCGGUCUGCGCCCCAAGGACUUAGAGUCAUUUCGGCGCCAGAUCCUACACGCCUACGGCUUCCAACAUCUCCUUACACUCGACAAGUUGCAGACCAUGGAACUUCUUCAGCCCCGCUCAUCCAGCUCAGCUUUACUCCUUCCAGUCGGCGGCGCCGGGGUCCAUUCAGAGAAGGGCACGAAGACAAACUAUGGCUAUCUGCGCAAAGAACUGAGGUUAAUUGUUGAUGAGUAUAACGAACAGGACCCCGAGGACAUCGCAUACGUGUAUUCUGGCUACGCGCCCCUAAGCAUACGCAUAGUGCAGUGCAUCUUACAGAAACAAUAUCUUCAAACCCUGCACAAGUCACCUUUACCCCUCACACCCUCUAGCACAGGAUGGACGGGCUUUGAAGACAUCCUGAAGUCCGCAAGGGGGCCGACUUUCAACAUCGCACAAAAACCGGCAGACGAGAAGGCAGCCAAGGCGAAGACUGCACUUGCGGGCACGGGAAAUUGGAAGACACUGUUUGUCAUGUUUGUGGGAGGUAUCACCUUUACGGAAAUUGCAGCAUUGAGAUUCAUCGGACGAAAGCUGGCUGAGUCGGGACAGAGGAAGAAGAUCGUCAUUUGCACCACUGGCAUCAUUAGUGGGAGGAGUAUUAUGGAAGGUGUAAUUGAGAAAUCCAAUCUGGGGUCGGGCAUUGUCGCGGCCUGAAUCACACUCUGAGGCAGCCUCAGAUUUUCGGGCUUGAGGCCUUGUCAACGCUGAAUUCAGCUUUCACGCCCAGAUGGUCAGUGACCCAGCCUGCCUCCAUCCCUUCUUCCUUGAUCAAAGCCUGCUUGACAUUGUCUUCUUCGGCUUCGACCCCCAUGCCGAAACGCUCGAAUUUCUCGCAUUUCAACUGUCCACAGAAGAACAACUUGUCCAUUCGACUGCACCCAAACAUGUUCCUCUGCCUAGUCGGAGCCAUUUGGCCCCAGGUGUAUCCUUGAUCAGUAUCUUCCUUCCCGCCAAGUGACAAAUAGGCGUCUUGGAGAUUAUUGUCCGAAUGGAGUGUCUUGUCGAAGUCCUGAAUGGCAUUCAGAUCUCCCCCGAGAACACUGCCGCUUGCCUCUGGGUCAUGCAUCCAUUUGGCGGCGGUUGCGAGUUGGUGAGGUCGCUUUGGCGGAUCUGCGAUCAACGACUCCAGGUGGGUAUUGCAGAUGCGGAUGAUCUGGCCGUUGCCAAAAAUCACAUCGACGAACAGGCCGUCUCUCUCCAUGACUGUCUGCUCGUAAUGAACACGGAAGACGGAAGUGAUGGGCAAGACCUUUGGAACGAGCGUGCAGGUGCCAUAGUGCCCAGAUUCCCAGUACUUGUUGUCUAUAUCGGUCAUGUUAUAGUUGGCUCGAACCCACGGUAGGGUCUGCAGUAAUGCCAGGUCGGUCUCAAGCAUUUCCUGCAGCAUGAUAACGCUGGGGAGCGAGGUGCCCUCCACAUGAGAUUGCAGGUGCUUGAGAGCAGCUCGCAUCCGUUCAUCCGUGAAAGGCAGCAUGAAGUCGAUGUUCCAUGACAGGAGCAUAAACCCAGAGAACCCUGGCACCUCUGGAGCGUUCUUGGACGGAGCGACUUGCUGCCAUGAGGACGUGUCGGGCGAGAAAGAGAAGUAGUGCUGAUCGAAUCUUUCCUGCC